CAUCAGACCAUCUUAAGCGAUGCUUUGUUAAUCGAGAAGGCUAAAAUGCUAGCAAACGAACUUGGAGUCCCUGAGGAUAAGUUGCAGUUCUCUCCCGGGUGGCUUCAAAAAUUCAAGGAAAGAAACGGAAUCCGUCAACGAAAGCUUCAUGGAGAAGCAGAAUCUGUCGACUUGAACAUAAUUACCCGAUCCUUGCCAUUAUUGAAAGACCUGUGUGCUCGGUUGACCCUUCGCUGUGUUGAUGUUCACUUUCUUCCUGCAAACACAACCUCAAUGAUGCAACCAAUGGACGCAGGUAUCAUUAUGGCUUUUAAAAAAGCCUAUCGUCGUUAUCAACUUAGAACCAACGAUUCAAGCCUUAAUGAACUUAUUAGUGCACUUAAUAAUACGCACCAUCUUCCUAAUUCGAUGGAAGUUGAUGAAUUCCUUACAAUAAGUGAGGAGAAUUUUGUUUAUGAGGUUUCUCCGGAUGACCAGAUUAUUAAAGAGUUUGCAUAUACAUUUAAAAGAGAUGAGAGCAUCGAAACUAUAGAUGAUGAAGACAUUGAGGUCAUAGAUGAUGAAAAGGAUGAUAGCGUUGAAAUUGCAAUUAUUAGUAGUAGUUCUGUAUUAAGUAAUUUGGAAAGUGUUCGAACCUUUUUGCUUCAGCAAGAGGGCUCAAAUGAGCAAUUAAAGUUAGUUAAUUCUCUUGAAAAAUUUAUUAGAGUGAAAAUGCUCAAGUCUGCUCAACAGACUUGUAUAAAUGAUUACUUUAAAUAA